CUACAAAGUCGUGCCAUAAAGUCUGGAAGAGGUAAGACUGGCGGCAAAGCCAGAGCAAAGGCCAAGACUCGCUCCUCCCGUGCCGGACUGCAGUUCCCAGUCGGCCGCGUCCACAGAGUCCUGCGGAAGGGCAAUUACAGCGAGCGUGUUGGAGCCGGUGCCCCCGUCUACUUGGCGGCCGUGCUCGAAUAUCUGACCGCUGAGAUCCUGGAAUUGGCUGGAAACGCAGCCCGCGACAACAAGAAGACCAGAAUCAUCCCUCGUCACUUGCAGCUGGCGGUCCGCAACGACGAGGAGCUCAACAAACUCCUGGGCGGAGUGACCAUCGCCCAGGGCGGCGUGUUGCCCAACAUCCAAGCUGUACUUCUUCCGAAGAAGACAGAGAAGGCAGUUAAAUCCAAAUAAAUGUUGGCUAAUUGAUCGCAGUAACCCUACAACGGCUCUUUUAAGAGCCAC